GGAAGUGAAGGGGUCUGGGUAAAAAACAUGGCGGACACCAAUGCACAAUUUUGACGUCUUGCGUCGAAAUCCUCAAAAUUUUGUGUACUUAAGCUCAGGUUACGAAACUUGGAGUAACCAUGUACUUACUUUGAUACCCAGGGUUUGUAUACCGUGAGUUAUUCGCGCGAUCUUAUUUCUUGCUGUGCAAAAUCCGCUGCCAUUUGGUAGCGUUUCGCCCCCCUCCCUCUCUAGAUUUUGAAUUAUCUAACCAGGUGAAAGAGGUAAAUCUCGAUGGCAUCUUCACCUGUGAAGAUCGUGUCCCUGUUCGAUGAGUUGGUGUGUAAGACGUUAUUUGAUGGUGUCAAACUCGCGCGUUCAGCCAUUGAGGACGAUGGGCCAGGGACAAUACUACCCGACAUCGUCCCGGAGAAAUCCGGAUCCGGAGAUCUAGAAGAAGGAUCCGGAGCCCUGCUGCCGAAAGUCCACCAGGUGUCGGACCGCCGGAUGUGUUCCUUCUGCGACGUGGUGUUUUCUUCUCGUGAGGAACAGGUCCUACACUACAAGUUGGACUGGCAUCGGUUCAACCUGAAGCAGAGGAUCAUGGGAGCUGAGCCUGUCUCCGAGGAGAAAUUUGAAACAAUUUCUGGUGAUGUAUCCAGUAUCUCAGGAUCUGACACUGAAGAGGAAGACUCUGAGAAGGCAACAGAAGCUCAACGUACAGCGUCUCCAAGUCAGGGUAAAGCCAACACGUCUGCUGACCCUGAAGAAACUACAGACACUAAGGACGGGAAAGGAAGGCGGUCGGCAAAAGUGUUCUUCAAGAACUGCACAGGAGAAAUCUUCUCUGUGUAUCGAUGUCUGCUCCAUGGCAAAAAGGAUGCUCCAGACAGUGAAGAUGACCUGGUUUCCAUAGCAACAACCCUACCCACUCUUGCCAACUGGACCAUACUGAUGAUAGCAGGGGGCCACUUUGCUGGAGCAGUCUUUAAACAAUCAGAGCUUGUCGUGCACAAGACGUUCCACAGGUACACAGUCCGGGCCAAACGUGGGACAGCUCAGGGGCUCCGCGACUCCAAACAGGGCAGCAGCCACCCCAAGUCAGCAGGGGCUAACUUAAGGAGGUACAACGAAGCAGCUUUAAAUGAGGACAUACGACAACUGCUAGUCUCCUGGUCAGACCACUUGAAGUCGUCCCAUAAGAUCUUUGUGCGAGCUCCCAGCUACAACAAAGCCACCUUCUUCGGUGGGAAGGAUGCUCCACUGGACAGGAAUGAUUCCAAGGUCGUUACGGUGCCCUUCGCGACCAGACGGCCGACCUUGAAGGAGGUCACAAGAGUCCAUGAAGAGUUGGCUACAAUCGAGUGCUACGGUGCUGAUUGCAAAGUGAGAGAUCUCCCCCACAAGUCCCCAUCACGUACCAUCCCUAGAAACAACCCCGGCCGAGAGUCACCAAAACGCCUGCAAAACGCCAGGAAAAAGGCUGAAACAAACGACGCAGGUUCUGAACCUGAGGGGAAACAGACGAGAAGACCAAAGAGUGGGAAAAACAAGAAGGUCGGAGGUCAGCAGGCGGAGGCGAUGGAGGAUGAAGACUGCGGUCGGGACAAGAACAGAGGACCCAAGCAGCCUGAUCCAGAGUGUCUUGGGAGCUCCAGUGAUGACAACCAAGAUGCCUUGAUUCUCAAAAGUUCCUUAGAAGUCAUAGACACAGUAGCCACCCUUAAGGAGACAGGAGGAACCAAGAAACGCAGGCCAAGGAACAGGAAGAAGAAGGUGGACAAGGAGGACAAAGGGGCAAAAAAGGUCACAGAUCGUACCAAAGACACCGCAAUGGGGGAGGGUGAUGCAAGGAAGAAGGCAGAAACACCUGACAUUGAAACAGCUGAAAUGGAAAAGGAGAUAAAGAGAUUAGAGAAAGAGUUGGCAGAGAGACAAGUCAGGAACGCUCUCUUCACCUGCUGUAAGGCUGGAGAUGCUGAAAAUCUUCAGAAACUUCUUAGACAUCUAAUCGUCUCCAAUGAUGCCAACAAGGGUGCCGAUCUUACGUCUACCAUGUCAGAACAACAAUUUCUGGGUGAUUGUGCAAAUAUAACAACCCUAGACUCCUCACUCGACCAAGACAACAUGCAGUCUUUGCCAGAAAAAUCUACCUCAGAGGAAACAAGCCAAGACAAAGCUACGAGCAGUUCUGCUACAGGUAUUAACACUGAAACAGAAGAUGGUACGACACUGCCUGCCCCUGGUGCUGUGUGUGUGAUCACCUCAGACACGUUAGUGGAGACUUUAGAUGACCAUGGAUCUACCCUGCUGCAUGUAGCGGCCCGGGCAGGCAGUAAGGCGGUCAUCAACCUGCUUAUGGCUGCUGGGGCUGACCCAUCUGUCAAGGACAAGAAGGGCCGACCGCCCUACGUGGUGUGCAGCAGUAAGGAGGUACGGAAUGAGUUUAGGAGGUUCAUGGGAGAAAACCCCGGCAGAUACGACUAUGUCAAGGCACAGAUCCCAGCACCCCUGACAGCUGAGAUGGAAGAGACCAGGGCUGCCAAGCAGGCUGAAAAAAGGAAAGCACAGAAGAUUGCAAAAAAGAAAAGAGACCAAGAAGAGAGGGAAGAAAGGAUGAAGAGAGAAAAGGAAGAGGCAGAAAAGAUCCGAUUCGCUUCUCUUAGCGAUAGAGAAAAGAGAGCGCUGGCAGCAGAGAGAAGACUAGCACAGCAGGGGCAGGAUACAACAGGGCUAAGUAAUGCCAAUCGGUGCUGGGCCUGUGGUGAAACCCUGUUUGGCAAAGUUCCGUUUGAAUACCAGGACUUCAAAUUCUGCACCAUGAAGUGUUUAAAAGAGCAUAAGAAGAGCACGACAUCGCAGUAAUACCAAAUCUGUUGCAGGUACGAUGAGCUUAAAAUCUAAGAUAAUUUGUCUCUAUAGUUAAUAGCAAUUUUCAGCUCUUUCGGUCAUUGUGCAAUUUUAAGGGACCGUGGCUAAUGUCAAACAAGAAGAUUGAGAGCCACCUCAGGGGCUUUGAAGGCAGAUGCCUCAGAAGGCAAAAAAAAAAGGAUCCUAAAGAUGCACUGGGAGCAGAAAGUCACAAACCAGGAAGUCAGUAGACGCCCAGGAAUUCCGAGCAUUGUGACAGAAGUCAGACACUUUUUGUUGUAGUAGCAAGUAGUCCAACAACCUUUUUGUAAAAACAACAAGACAGUCCAGAAUAUUCUAUCAUCUUGAGCAAAGGAGAAGCUCUGUUUAAUGAUUGGUAAGUACGAGUGCAACAUCAUGAAGUCUUGAUACAUUUUUUCUAUGCCUUGCUUACAUGUAUGUGAACAAUAACCGCUCAGAAUAUAAAACAACUUGCAACAACAGUAACCAAAAAUGACAUAUUGCACUUGGACUUGUUCAUAUAAUGUAUUUACAUAACAUUAUCUAUAUAUUUCACACAUGAAAAGGUCCUAAUCGUAGUAAAUGUUGUGCAUAUUGUCCUCAGCUUUUUGAAACAAAAUCUUUGAAUAAAUACAUGUAUCAACAUAUAUUGUAAGAAAUGCCCACUUUUUUAUUAAAAGUAGAACACCUCUUGAAUCCUAUAACUUCAGUCAGCAUCAUAAAGAAAAAAAGUGGCAUGAUUUAAGAUGAUUGCCAAAAUUUUUAUAUAAAUAUUAUAUAGUACUUUCAACAAAGAAAUGUUUCAACACUUGCCUUACCUGACUUUUAUGUCCUACAUGUAUUUGUACAUGAUUAAAUACUUAUCAAUAAUAGUAAGAAUAAAAAAGCUAAAGCUAUAUAUAUGGUACACUUUUCAAAUGAUUUGACACAGUUUCAUUUAGGCAUUACACAGCAAAUACUGUCUGACAUAAUGCACUAGUCUAAUAAUAAGAGGUAUUUGGAAUUGUGCAAUGCUGCCUUUUUACUCUUAAAUAGAAGUGUUACUGUAACAAACUUCAAGAGGGAGUCUCAUUUCUCAGUUACAAGCCAGACAAAUUGAAUUUUUGACAGCAAAAACUUAAUAACCACAUGUACUAAACCUUUAAUUUUCAUAUUUGUCUCAAAUUAAAAACAUAUGCUC